AUGGAGUCCUGGAAUAGUUCCAUUCACUUCUGUCAGUGGCGUGGUGUUAUAUGCGGUCGCAAACAUCAGAGAGUCACCAAGUUGGAACUGUCAUUCCUCAAACUCUCGGGAUCAUUAUCACCCUACAUUGGAAACUUGAGCUUUCUCAGGGAGUUGAGUCUAGUGGGAAACAACUUCUACAACGAGAUUCCUUCAGAAAUUGGCCGUUUAAAAAGACUGGAAACAUUGGAACUGGCGAAUAACUCCAUCAGUGGUGGAAUUCCUUCCAAUUUAUCUGCUUGCUCUAAGCUUACAUUCGUUGAUAUGAGAGGCAACCAACUAACAGGAGAAAUACCUACUUCGUUGGGUCUAUUGCCAAACUUGAAAGCUUUGAGUUUCAGGAACAACAGUUUGGGAGGGAGUAUCCCACCUUCAUUAGGAAACAUAUCAUCUCUGGAGGGACUAGGUUUGGGUUAUAACGCGUUAAAUGGGAAUAUAUCUGAAGCUCUUGCACGGCUGACCAGUCUUUCAAUUUUCACCGUAGCCCAAAAUGAAAUAUAUGGUAUUUUUCCUGUCUCAAUGUUCAAUCUCUCCAGUCUUAGAGUCUUUGAUAUUGGUGGAAACAAGAUUCAAGGUACUCUUCACUCUGACUUAGAAAUCACUAUGCCACAUAUUGAGUUCUUUUCCAUAGCCAAAAACCAAAUCUCUGGACAAAUCCCUGUUUCAAUAUCCAAUGCCUCAAAUCUGAAUGUACUUCAAUUUGGUGAUAACAAAUUCAGUGGAGAUGUGCCUUCUUUAGAAAAGAUGGAUAACCUGAACAAAUUGGCCCUGUUCAAUAACCAUUUGGGACAUGGGAGAGAAGGCGACUUCAACUUUUUCUGCACUUUAGUCAACAAUACCAAACUAGAAUUUCUGUAUAUAGGCUUCAAUAAUUUCGGAGGGGUAUUUCCCCAAUGCAUAAGCAAUUUUUCAAGAACCCUUUUACAAAUAGAAAUAAAAGGGAACAAAAUAUUGGGAAGAAUCCCGUAUGGGAUUGGAAAUCUCAUCAAUUUGGAAGUGUUAGCGGCUUCAAUAAAUCAACUAUCAGGCCCCAUUCCCUUUGGUAUUGGGAGGCUUCAGAAGCUAAAGAUGUUAUAUGCUGAUACUAAUUCUCUCUCUGGGGUUAUUCCAAAUUCUAUUGGAAAUUUAACAACGUUAACUAAACUUUUUUUAGAUCAUAACAAUCUUCAGGGCAGAAUUCCUUCAAGUCUAGGCAAGUGCCAAAUGUUGUUAUGUUUGGAUCUUUCCGAAAACAAUCUUAGUGGACCAAUACCGCCUCAAGUACUUGGAAUCCCAUCCUUGACCAUUUUACUUAACUUAUCUUCAAACCAUUUAACUGGCGAGCUUCCUGAUGAAGUAGAAAAACUGAAAAAUCUAGGUGAAUUGGAUCUUUCUCACAACAAAUUAUAUGGUCUGCUUUCAAACAACCUCGGUAGCUGCGUAAGUCUAGAGAAGCUGUUUUUGGAAGGCAAUUUGUUUGAAGGCUCCAUUCCAUCAUCUUUGAGUUCGUUGAGAGGCCUUGAGGCAUUGGACAUAUCUCACAAUAAUCUUUCAGGAGUCUUCAAGAAUGCAAGUGCUACGUUCGUUGAGGGAAACUGUAAGCUUUGUGGAGGCAUCCCUGAGUUACAUUUGUCGAGAUGUGACUUGAAAAAAUCAUCAAACACUUCCCUUAAAUUGAAAAUUACAAUUAUUGUUGUGAUUUUAGGAGUGAUUUUGGUUUUCACUUGUCUCGUCAUCUUGUGGUUUAAAAAUAAGAAAGAGCAAAAGCCUACAUCAACUUGUGUAGAAAAUUCGCUUUUACAAUUAUCAUACCAAAUCAUCCUAAAGGCUACCGAUGGAUUCGUCAUACAGAAUUUGAUUGGUUCCGGAAGUUUUGGUUCUGUAUACAAAGGAAUUCUCGAAGAGAGUGGAGCAACUAUUGCAGUAAAGGUGCUUAAUCUUCUAAAUCGUGGAGCAACGAGGAGUUUCUUGACUGAAUGUGAGGCCUUGAGGAACAUUCGGCACCGAAAUCUUGUCAAGGUAUUGACAGUCGUUUCGGGGGUCGAUUACAAAGGCAAUGAUUUUAAAGCCAUGGUUUAUGAGUUCAUGCAAAAUGGAAGCUUGGAGGACUGGCUGCAUCCAUCUAUCACCAUUAACGAAUCGGAGAGGAUGAGAAACUUGAACUUCUUCCAAAGAGUUAAUGUGGUCGUAGAUGUUGCUUAUGCACUCGAAUAUCUACACUAUGAUUGUGAAACAUCGAUCAUUCAUAGUGACCUCAAGCCAAGCAAUAUUCUACUCGACGACGAAAUGGUUGGCCACAUAAGUGACUUUGGCUUAGCAAAAGUCCUUUAUGAAGAUAGGUUUAAUCAACCUGCUAAUCAGUCGAGCUCCCUUGGCAUAAGAGGAACUAUUGGUUAUGCACCACCAGAAUAUGGCAUGGGAAGCGAGCUAUCAACAAAAGGUGACGUGUAUAGUUAUGGCAUCCUCUUGCUAGAGAUGUUUACUGGGAAAAGGCCAACUGAUGAAAUGUUCAUGGAAGGUUUAAGUCUUCACAACUUUGUUAGAGAAGCUUUUCCUUAUUGA